AUGACUAAGAUCAAGGAAGAAACUGUUUCUAAUGCGAUCGAAGCUCGUCGUGUGAAGAAAGAGAAGUCUCGUGAAAAGGAGUUUCAUCGCUCCCGGAAUAUCAACUCCGCUUUUGAUACUCUUCAACAACGGAUUCCAUAUUUGAGAGCAGAAGAGAGAAAAAACUUGCCGAAGAUUAAGACACUCCGUCUAGCAAUGCAGUAUAUCAACCAUCUGAAGAAACUGGUCGAUGGAAAUGAGAUUACCGAGACUGAAUCCAACGAAACUCGUCCCCUGUGCCACACGGAUUUCCGAACUACCGUAACCAACGAAAUGCGCCUCCGCAACAGCUACCGGGAGAGAGCCCACAAACAAGAAAUGGAUCCAGUCACUGUACAAAGGAUUUUGGCGAGAGAAGAGAACCGCCGUCGUUGCGUGCCUCAACUUGACGAAAGACAUGGAACUCACUUCCAACCAGCACGCCAAUUUGGUCCAAUCUCCAACAAUGUGUACAACUUCCGUCAGAUGAAUAUGAACCAGUUCCAUGCCAACUACAUGACUUUCCAACUUCCACUGAUGGUACCAUUCCACCCUUCGAUGGAGAACAUCCAAAAUCAACAAGUCAACUACAUGAUGCCAAUGGCUGACCAUUAUAUGAUGGAAAACACCUAUCCUUCACCUCAAUAA